AUGUCCCUCUCAUCAUCCACCGCCAUAUAUGCAGUUGAUGUUCCCGGAGACGAAAGUGACUAUGAAGAAGAGACUAUUUCAUCGGAGGCUUCACAGGAAUAUAUGCCGUCGGUUGCUCCUCUCCAACCUGACCAUUAUUGGGAGAACGUAGUCUUUCAGGUAGAGAAUGCAUUCUUCAAAGUCCCCACGUACCACUUCGUAACGCAAUCCGAGGUCUUCGCUGACAUGCUGUCGCUCCCGCAAGGGCAGGUAGCAGCGACGGAAGGGCAGAGCAGAGAAAACCCGAUCGUCCUUCCCAUUACGGAGCAGGACUUCCGAAGGCUACUCCGCGCCUUGUAUCCAUUAGAGGCGCCCAGAUCGCCGACGUUCAGCAAGGAAGAAUUAGUCUCGUUGUUAAAGCUAUCAAAACUGUGGGCUAUGAAGCGCGUCCGGGAGUAUGCCGUUGAGAAGAUCACUGAGAUACUGUACUCGAUUGAUGCCACUGAGCGCAUCAUUUUGGCAAGAGAGUAUUCGGUUGAAACGUGGUUACGCUCUGGGUAUCUCACGUUGGCGACGCGCUAUCCAGUCGUGAGUAUAGAAGAUGCCAAAUUGAUAGGGUGGGAGACGGCGCUGUUGCUGGAGCAUGUCCGAGAAGAGGCAUACGCCUCAUUGGGCGGCAGUCGAAUGGGUAGGGGCUCCCUGUCAGAAAAUCAAGUCCAGAGUGGGGUGGAAAACAAGUUCAGGGAGGAGUUCCGAGAUAUUAGGAUGUCAGAAGCGGCGUACAGAGUGUAG